CCCUGCGCACUCUGAUGAAGCUGAGGAAGGAUGAAAAGCUGAAAAUGUUCCAGAGCCAUAUGAGUCAGGAUUGCCCUGAAUGCUGUCUUGAAGAUCAGAGUCUGCCUGAAGAUCCUACUUGGCUGGAUAAGUUUAUGAAGUUUAUUAAUGAAUUGUUUGACAGUCAUGAAGUUGGUGAGUACCCAGAAUGCAUUGAGAGACAGCAGGAGGAUCCUGAGGCCCUGUACAUGGUUGAGAAGAUGCUGGAGACCUGUGGCAGUGAGAGGUCUCCGAAGAUCACACUCGACAUCUUGAGGAACAUGAAGCAGAAGGAUCUCGCUGAUUCACUGGAAAGAGAUGAGCGCAAUAAAUCCAUAAAAAGAGCCCAGCAGGAACUGAAAACUCAUCUGAAGAAGCAGUUUGAAUGUAUAUUUGAAGGUUUAGCAAAGCAGGGUCACCCAACUCUCCUGAAUGAGAUCUAUACAGAGCUCUACAUCACGGAAGGGGGAAGUGGGGAGGUCAAUAAAGAACACGAGGUCAGGCAGAUUGAGACAGCAUCCAAGAGACAAACCACACAGGAGACUGCAAUCCUCUGCAAUGACAUCUUUAAGCCCUUACCUGGACAAGAUAAACCCACCAGAACUGUGCUUACAAAGGGCAUCGCUGGCAUUGGGAAAACUGUCUCUGUGCAGAAGUUCAUUCUGGACUGGGCAGAAGGAAAAGCCAAUCAGGACAUUGAUUUCAUCUUCACUCUUCCUUUCCGAGAUCUGAAUUUGAAGAAGCAAAGAGCAUUCAGUCUAAUGCAACUUCUGCAGCACUACUUUCCACAACUGAAAGAGAUCCAAAGUGUUGAAGGUGAUGAAGUCAAAAUUUUGUUUAUCUUUGAUGGUCUGGAUGAGUGUCGACUUCCUCUAGAUUUCCAAAGCAAUGAGAUCUGUUGUGAUAUAACAGAGUCAUCAUCAGUGGAUGUGCUGCUGACCAACAUAAUUAAGGGGAAUCUGCUUCCCUCUGCUCUCCUCUGGAUCACCUCCCGACCAGCAGCAGCCAAUCAGAUCCCUCCUAAGUGCGUCCACCAGGUGAUAGAGGUACGAGGGUUCAAUGACCCACAGAAGGAGGACUACUUCAGGAAGAGAAUCAGAGAUCAGAACCAGGCCAGCAGAAUUAUCUCACACAUGAAGUCAUCCAGGAGUCUCUACAUCAUGUGUCACAUACCAGUCUUCUGCUGCAUUUCUGCUACUGUUCUGGAGACAAUGUUGGGCAAAGCAGAGAGUCGAGAUCUGCCCAAAACACUGACUGAAAUGUACACAUGCUUCCUGCUCAUUCAGACUGAUGUGAAGUAUCAGAAGUAUCAUGGCACUGAUGAGAUAGACACAAAGAAGAUCUCAACAUCAGAUACAGAAACCAUCCUGAAACUGGGGAAGCUGGCUUUUCAACAGCUGGAAAAUGGCAAUUUGAUAUUCUAUGAAGAGGACCUGAGAGAGAGUAGCAUUGAUGUCAGUGAAGCUUCAGUGUACUCUGGGGUGUGCACAGAGGUCUUUAAAGAGAAGUGUGGGUUGUAUCAGGAGAAGGUCUACUGCUUUGUGCAUCUGAGCAUUCAGGAGUAUCUGGCUGCCUUGUUUGUGUUUCAUUCAUGUGUAAAUGAGAACAGAAAUGUACUCAGAGCAGAAGAAUCAAAACCUCACAGUGACAGAGUGCAGCUGUCUGAGUUACACAGGACUGCAGUGGAUCAGGCCUUAGAGAGUAAGAAUGGACACCUGGACCUUUUCCUCCGAUUCCUUCUUGGCCUCUCCUUGGACUCCAUUCAGACUCUCUUAGGAGGACUACUGACACAGACAGGAAGCAGAUCACCUAGCAUUGAGAAAACAGUCCAAUACAUUAAGAAGAGGCUCAGAGAGGAGUCAUCAGCAGAGAGGAUCAUCAAUCUGUUCCACUGUCUCAAUGAACUGAAUGACAACUCUCUAGUGCAGGAAAUCCAGAAUUCCCUGAGAUCAGGAAAACUCUCUCAUAAAAAGCUGGAACCAGACCAAUGUUCAGCUCUGGCCUUUGUAUUACUGAUGUCAGAGGAGAUCCUGGAUGAGUUUGACUUGAAGACCUACAACACAUCAGCAGCAGGUCAUCAGAGACUGGUACCUGUAGUCAGGAACUGCAGGAAGGCCAUACUGAACAGCGGUGACCUCACAGAGAAGUCCUGUGAUAUUGUGGCCUCAGCUCUCCAGUCAUUAAACUCACCCCUGAGAGAUCUGGACCUCAGCUACAAUAACCUGGGAGAUUCAGGAGUGGAGCUGCUCUGUGCUGGACUGAUGAGUCCAAACUGUAAACUACAGAGACUGGGACUGAACAACUGCAAACUCACAAAGAAGUCCUGUGAUAUUGUGGCCUCAGCUCUCCAGUCAUCAAACUCACCUUUGACAGAUCUGGACCUGGAGCUGGAAAUAAUGAAAAUCAAAACUAUGUCCAGGUCUGAGUGUGGAGUGGAGGUGCUGAAACUCAGCCCUGUCCCUCCGACGCUGUCCAGGUCUGAACUGAACAACUGCAAACUCACAAAGAAGUCCUGUGAUAUUGUGGCCUCAGCUCUCCAGUCAUCAAACUCACCUUUGACAGAUCUGGACCUCAGCUACAAUAACCUGGGAGAUUCAGGAGUGGAGCUGCUCUGUGCUGGACUGAGGAGUCCAAACUGUAAACUACAGAGACUGGGGCUCGGUUGGUGCAAUCUCGCAGAGGGCUGCUGUGAUGUUCUGGCCUCAGUCCUGCGUUCUCCUCACUCAGAGCUAAGAGAUCUGGAGCUCAGAGACAACGAGCUGCAGGAUUCAGGAGUGAGAGCGCUCUCUGCUGGACUGGAGGAACCACACUGUAAACUACAGAGAAUGGGGCUGUCAGGCUGUAGAGUCACACAGAGAGGCUGUGAUUCUCUGGCUUCAGCUCUGUGUUCAAACCCCUCACACCUGAGAGAGCUGGACCUGAGAUACAAUCACCCAGGAGACUCAGGAGUGAGAGCGCUGUCUGCUGGUUGUGGAUCUCCACAUUUGUUGUUAAAGUGGAGGGUUAACGUGGACCAUGGAGGAGAGAAGAGGACCAAACCAGGACCCAAGAAAUACGGCUAUCAGUUCACACUGGAUCCAAACACAGCGCACAGAGAGCUGUCUCUGUCUGAGGGGAACAAGAAGGUGACACACACACCGGGGAGAGAGGAGCCAUAUCCUGAUCAUCCAGAGAGAUUUGAGCAGUGGCGCCAGGUUGUGUGCAGAGAGAGUGUGUGUGAGCGCUGUUACUGGGAGGCUGAGUUCAGUCUGUCUGAGGAGGGGGGAGCGGUUUAUAUAGCAGUGACAUAUAAAGGAAUCAGCAGGAAAGGAGAGGGUUAUGACUGUAUGUUUGGAUACAAUAAAAACUCCUGGAGUCUGGAGUGCAUUAAACUCAGUUACUUCGAUAAAUUCAGAUACUCUGAUAAACCCAGAUACUCUGCCUGGCACAAUGAGAACCAAACACGCAUACCUGCCCCCCCCUCCCCCUACCGCAGAGCAGGAGUGUGUGAUGAUGCUGGUAGAGGAGUGUGUGUGUACAGGGUAGGAGUGUGUGUGGACCGUCCGGCCGGCACUCUGUCCUUCUACAGCGUCUCUGACUCUGACACACUGACCCUC